AACGUCUGCGAGACCUGGUGAUAACGUUGUCAAGCAGUCUGCAGGGGAAGACGUGUUGUAGGUUGCAGCAUAUAUAAGUUCCCAUUUCGAGGAGAGAGCAGCCACACAAAUCAGCGGAAGGCCAGAGUUGCCAGCUCUACCGCUUCUACGUCGCAGGACUUUGCUUUUGCAAGCAUGCCUCAAAAACCUAGGAGCCGGUGUAAGAGCAGACAACUCAGCCCUUCCCAAACACGAAGUGGGCGGAAAUACACGAGCACCACAUCCGAGUCAACAGAUGCCUCCAGACAAUGUUUUCUUGGCGACAAGAAAAACGGGUCGAAAGAAAAGAAUGGUAGCCGCCCGAGUACCAGGUGUAAACACAGCGCGAGAAAAGAUGUUGCGAAAAGUUUCCAUGAAAAUGAUUCGAAUGCGUCAACUGCAGGAAAAUCUACGAACAGGAGCGACGAUAAAAUAAAGAACGGUCGGAAAACAAGUAUUCGAGGCCUUAGAACUUUUAGUGGACAAGGACAUGCUAAUAGAACCCUACAUACCCCAACAAUCGUCACUCAUAGAACACGGAGUUCAAGGACAGUCUCGUCUGCUGGUGAGAAUGCUAAGGCACCAGGAGGUUCACGGAAGCGUGUGAGAAGGAAACAACGCAGGCGAGAAGUCGAACAGGUAUAUCAGAAUGUCGAACAGAUCUUCGUUGGCCCCGGGCUGUCGUACACGCGCUCUGGGCAAUGUUAUGCGGACAUGGCCACCGACUCAGGGGAAAUGCUUUCAUGUCACAGGGGUGUACCGAAACAAACAAGGAUACAGCAGCAUAUUCGGGAACUCAAGAACAGGAUACAUUCACUUCCGUUUCCGUCGCGCCCUCUACCGCCUGAUGACGACUUCCGAUCACUUGUGACAGAGCUAAAGAUGCGCCUGGCGGCCACAAGCCCUCUUUUGUCAGAGUCAGGAAGUCGUGGCGGUCUCAUCAAGGUCAGCGCGAGAACUUCCGGUCAGCGGCUGGUUCCCAUCUGGACAGUAGACAGGGCACAAGAACAUGUACUUGUUGGUCAUGUCAAAGUGAAAGUUGAUUCUUCAGGGAGGGGGUUUUGAUCUGAUCCCAUCAAAUAACAUCAAUGUUGAUCUUUAAUGAUUGUGUAAUAAAGUUGUUUGAGGUAAA